CCAUAGUGAAAAUGGCGGAUGAGGGCAAAGGUUGUUCGUCGAGGAAACGAAACGCCGAUGGUGACGAUAGGGCUGGUAACCAAAAGAAACAGAACACCAGUAACCUCGACGAUGUUAAUGAUGGUUUACUCGAACUUUUUAACCCUAAUUUUGACGCUAACGAGAAAGGGUCCGGUGACGAUGAUGAUGAUGUCGAGAAGGAGAACGGGUCUAGCGACGAGGAUGUUGAAGUCGAGAAGGACAGCCCUAGCGACGACAACUUUUUUGACAAUGACGAGAUUAACAGUAUAUUAGUGAAGACCGCGACCGGUAAGACCAUCUCCCUUGAGGUCAAAGGCUCAGACACCAUCGGAAACAUGAAAGUCCAGAUCCAGGCUAAGGAACGUAUUCCCUUUGACCAGCAGGAACUGAUCUUCAACGAAAUGGUUCUUGAGAACAUGAAUACUCUAGCCAACUUACCCAUAAAGAAGGUUUCGACACUCAAACUUAUGCUUAAAUCAAGAGGAUUCAUCAAUAUAACCAUCAAGACACCUGAAGGAAUACUCAUCCAUUCUCUUGAAGUCAAACCCUCGGACACCAUUGGUGACGUGAAAGCCAAGAUGCCUGGUACUGGACACGUGCUGAUCUUCAAUGAAAAUGUCCUUGAAGAUAGCGGUACCCUUGCUGACUUGCACAUCGUCAACGGAUCCACGCUCACACACGCUUUUAAAUCAGUGGAAUUGAUGAAAAUAUAUGUGAAUACCUUCACUGGAAAGACGAUUUCUUUGUUGGUCAGCCCUGAACACACUGUCGCCGAGUUGAAAUGGAAGAUAGAGCUUAAGGAGUUAAGGAAGACAUUCCCUUUGAUGAACAGACUUUGAUCUUUAACAAAAUGGUUCUUGGGGACAGUGGUACCCUUUUCGACUUCCAGAUCAAUAGGAAAUCGACCCUCACACUUAUGCAUAGAUCAAGGGGACUUAUGUAGACGUUCAUCAAGAAUUUUCCUAGGAAAUCGACUCUCACACCUAUGCGUAAAUCAAGGGAAUUCAUGAAGAUAUUCAUCAAGACCAUUACUGGAGAUACUGUUACUUUGAAAGUCAAACCCUCAGACACCAUUCGCGACAUAAAAGCCAAGCUCGAAGAUAAGGUAAACAUUCCCCACUAAGAGCAGGAGUUUAUCUUCAACGAAAUGGUUCUCCACAACAAUGAUACCCUUGUUGACUUUCACAUCAACAAGGAAUCCAUAACCACGCUUUUGCGUAUAUCAACAGGAUUUAUGUGUAUAUUCAUCAAGACCCUCACCGGAAAGACCAUUACUCUGAG